GGUGCUGAUGCUUUUAGCUUCCACCAGCACAGAGCCUGUUAUUGUUUAUGGUCAGACUGUUGUUAAGUAGGUCAUGGAGGAACAAGGCUCAGUCUGCUUUUCAUUUGUCUGUUGACUGUAGGAUUCUUUCAGGCGCAGCAGCAGCAGUAGCAGCAGCAGCGUGUUUGCAGGACAGACAAUUUUUGUACAUAACGCGACGAUUGUGAGUCCUUCCAAGUUGCAAGGCUGAUGCUGGCAUUUCUUAAUUUGACCUGAACUGACUUGACUGUAGGAUCCACUAUACAGAGUUCUUUGCAGCCAUGUCUAGACGAAGCAGAAACAGUCGUGCUUGGAGAUACGUGUGGGGAGGGAUUCGACGGGAUGCAGAUGCCCGGGCACUGGUGCUAGCCUCUGAAAGCGAGGAAUGGAACUAUGAGCGUUUAGAGUACAGUGAUUCAGACUCUGAGGCAGACUUUUCUGCCGUGAUGCUUCCUCCCGUUCCCAGUGCAGUCCCUGUUACUGGUGAGUCCUACUGUGGCUGCAAUUCUCAGGCUGAGACCAUGUAUAGCCCCCGUGUGCUAGCUUUUCACCAAGUGAAGGACUGCCACUGUGGAGAGGAUGACCAAGACUUCGACUGGGUGUGGGACACAAACAGCCGAUCAACAGCAACAUUACUUAGCUGUGACAAUCGUAAGGUCAACUUCCACUCCGAAUACAGCUGUGGAACAGCUGCCAUCCGAGGAUCGAAAGAGCUGGCUGACGGGCAGCACUUCUGGGAAAUAAAGAUGACGUCUCCAGUGUAUGGAACAGACAUGAUGGUUGGCAUUGGCACGUGUGAUGUCAACCUGGACAAGUACAGACACACUUUUUGCAGCCUUCUAGGAAAAGACACAGACAGCUGGGGCCUCUCCUACACUGGCCUGUUACAUCACAAAGGAGACAAGACCAACUUUUCCUCUCGAUUUGGGCAGGGAUCCAUCAUUGGGGUCCACCUGGACAUGUGGCAUGGAACACUGACUUUCUUCAAGAAUCGGAAGUACAUAGGUGUUGCAGCUACAGAGCUCCAGAAUAAGAGGUUUUAUCCGAUGGCUUGCUCCACUGCAGCCAAAAGCAGCAUGAAGGUGAUCAGGUCCUGUUCUGCUCCCACCUCUUUGCUCUAUCUCUGCUGUGCUCGCCUCCGUCAGCUGAUGCCUGACUGCAUUGACAUCCUGGACGUCUUGCCACUGCCGCCGGGCCUCCGUCAGGUACUCAACAAUAAACUGGGUUGGGUUCUCAGUCUCAACUGCAGUGCCACAGAAGAUGGAGCAGAUGGAUCAGAAGGUCCCUCACACUCGCCCGUUCCUCCCUUGGCGGGACCGUCUUCUUCUGAGAGUGACUCAGAGGGUUGUACGUCCGACCCCGAAGCCUGUCAGAGGAAAAGGUGCCGCUGGACUUGAAUGGACCUCUCUGGUCCUUCCUUGUCUUAAACACUGGCAGAGGUGACUGUCCUGUGUUGUCUAGUGUGGUGUUACUGCCUUGAGCUGUCCUCAGCUUCACUAUCAGUAAGAGUGAUAGAGAGAAAUGACUGAGAGUGUUUGAGCGGAGACAGUGGGUUUGUAGAAGGAGAAGUGUGACAGCAGUAUUUCUGCCUGCACAUCAUUAUUACUGUGAUCUUCUCUUCAAUGCCAUUAACUCAAAUUCACUCACUCGGUAUCCAUACACCAGCUUCAAUAACAAGUGUAAAGAUGCAGUGUUGUUUUUCUUAGUUGCCAUUCAUCUGUGGGCAUCAGUGAAAUUAUGCAGGAAUAAUUUAGUAAAAUGUACAGUGAGACACUGAAGGAAAGAAAAAAAAUAUAUGGCCGGAUUUGGUAAGUAUACUUUUGCAUAAUGGUUAUUUCAGAGGGAUGGUACGGAAAUGUAAAUUCUGUUUUUUUAUAUAUAUAAUUGUGUAUGCAAAAACCAGUAUAAUGUUUUCAAAACAUUAAUGCUCUCCAUGAUAUUUUAGAGUCAUCUGUUACCUGUACAACUGGCACCUUUGACUUAACAUUGGUUUUUCAAUGGGAAAGUCACUCAGUCAGUAUUAUUUGUCACUUGAUUAAAGGUCACAGUCUUAGUAGCAGGUUUAGGGAACAUUAAUGAACUUUGCAGCUAUUUAAAAAAGCACCCAUCUCACAACCUUACAUUCAGGAAAAAAAUUUACAUAUUUAUUCAUAUUAAUGAAUAUAUGAUGCCACCAGCUUUUCCACGUCAUCAUUUGAAGAUUUAUACCUAUACAUUUUAAAACCUCAGUUAUAAAGUUAAAAGCAAUUUUAUUACUUUGUUGCUUUUAGGGAACUUUUCAUUGCCGUUAGAUCUUAUUGUUUCUUAUUUUUUUAAUUUAAUUGACAAAAGAUUAUCAUCAGUGUUUUAGCCGAUGUCCUAGAAAUGCAAAGGAUGAUAUUUUGGUUCCUUCUGUUGCAGAAUUAUUUUGGUUUUCCACUGAGACUUUUUUCAACAUUUUUGAUUUGGCCCUUUUUUGUUUGGGAUACUUGGAAUUGCAACUUUUUUGAGUGUUCUGAGGAAAGCCCAAAUCCAUGUUAUAUAUAUUGUACUGUUACAUAGGGCCUAAGAAAUUGAUUUAAAUGACAGGUGUUCCACACAAAACAUUAUGAUAUUUUUUUUAUUUUUUGUCGGAACAUGGAUCUUUUCUUCACCUCUGACACCAAAAUACUCAGCUAAGUCAGAUAUAUAAUCUACCAGUACUUGUAACAUAUACAUUUCUUCAUACAUCCUGAACCAUAUAAAUAUAAGCAAGUUGCAGCGUUGAAUCCACACUUUUGCCCAUUGCAGGUAUAGUCAGUGAUAUUGUUCAACUCUUGUUGUCUUGGUUUUAGAUACAAAUAAAAAAAAAACAUUUUCUAAAGACAACAUUUAAAGUUAUGGUGGAAAUAUUUUUUUCCCUGCCAUAAUCGACACACUGGCGUGGCACUAGUGAAUGAUGACACCAAAGGAUGAUGUGGUUUUUUUUUUUUCAAAAACUGAGAAUGUGCUAAAAUGUCUGUAGAGUCAGAAAAUGUCACUUGGUUAGUGUGAGUUGACUGCAGCAGAUGUAUUUGGACUUUUUUCUCUGUGUAUGUCUAUACCUUUGAUGCAACAGAGCACUUUUUCAUACUCAUAAUUUCGAAGUUCAAGUGUUUCUUCUAUACAUUAUCAUAUAAACAACUAUUAUAGGUAUCGUAAGGUCUUGCCUGGCCUUUUUCAAUCAGCAUGAUUUUGUGCUGAAAAUAAAACGAAUGCUGAAUAUGCA